UCUCCAGAACGCCUUCUUCCUUCUAACUUCUAGUGCCAGCAGCCCAUAGAAAUCAGAGAGAAAAAUAGAGACGGAGGUAGACAGGGAGAGGAAACGUAGGGGGAGAAGCUAAGAAGCAGGGAAGGGAGAAUUGUUUGGUCGAUCAUGGCCACGGAUCAGGAGAAUCGGGAAGGCAAUCUCAAGCACUUGGGGUUCUUCCGCGUGGCGGCGAUCAGAGCCCUGGCGUGCGUCUCGGCCUUGUAUGGGCAGGCCAAGGAGAAUUCUGGGCCGCUGAGGUCCGGCGUCGAAGCCGUCGAGGGCACCGUGAAGAUGGUUGUCGGACCUGUUUACCAGAGGUUGAAAGGAGUCCCCGACGACCUUCUGUGCUUCGUCGAUAAGAAGGUGGAUGAAACUGUAACAAAGUUGAACGUCUUCGUCCCUCCUCCUGUGAAACAAGUCUCCUCUGAAGCCUACGGAGCAGCUCAGAAGGUGCCUCAGGUGGCAAAAUCCUUUGUAUCCAAGGCCCAUCAAGACGGAGUCGUGGUUGCCAGCAAGAGCUUCUACACGGAGUACGAGCCAGCUGCCGUGGAGUACAUGGUGAAAGUAUACCAUGCCCUCUACUCACUGCCAUUGUUUCCCCAUCUUGCAGAGGUCGUGAUCCCCACCGCAGCUCACUGGUCUGAGAAGUACAAUAGGACUGUUGUUCACAUGACCGCAAGCCACUAUCCCUUCUGUAGCUAUCUUCCUCUUGUACCAAUUGAGAAGAUCUCCAAGACAUUCGAGGGGAAGAAGAAGAAGAAAGAAUCAGGUGAAAUGGAGGGCAUCACCGAGAUAUCUGAUUGAUGAUCAUCGCUGGGUCUUGUCGGUGUUAAGAAGUGCUUGGGUUCAGGCUAGCUUAUGCCCAAGGUGCAUGUAUAUUUCUUCAUCAGCGUGCUCUGUAUAGUUUUUCUUGUUAGAUCAUGUUGAACUCGGUUCAAAUGCUUGUGUACGUGGUUUCAUGUUACUCUCUUGUUCAAAGUCUGUUUCCGUCAUGAAACAAACUUCAUAUGGUGAUGGACUGGUUGUUCUAA